AUGGCUGAUUCUGUACAUCGUUUGAAUACAUCGUUGAGCGAUGAAAAUUUCAAACAAUCAUGUGCAAGCAUUCGUGAUAAACUUGUUCAUCUUGAUCAAUCAUCUAUCGAUUCAAUUCUCGAACAUGACGAUCCUCAAAAAGCCGAAAUCGUCUUACCGGAUGGUCGUCAAUUUAUUUGGUAUUUUGCCAUUGGAAGUAUGAAUAAUCCGAUUUCACUCUAUCUACGAGAUCUAUAUCCAAUUGUAUCUUAUCCAGUCGUAUGUCCUAAUUAUCGAGUUAUUUUUCGAAGUCCAAGUGGCAUGGCUGAUAUUGAAUCUGAUCCUGGAGCUGAAUUUCAUGGUGUUGUUCAUCUUCUUUCUAAUGAUGAAAUGGCACGUUUGGACAAAAUGGAAGGUAUGUAUCGACGAAUACCAGUCAAUGUUAUCGACUAUCAAGGUCAAUCUCAUCUUGUCUAUGCUUAUACAAUGAUUAUACCAAAUAAAACCGUCGGUCUUCCGUCUGAACGAUAUUUGGAUAUUAUUGUUAAAGGAUGUGAAUAUUACAAUGUUCAACCUGAAUAUAUUAAUCGAUUGAAACAAGAACAAGCACUUGUACCUCGAAAGCAACCUCAGGAAUUUCAAUCGUUCACUGACAUUCCUAUCGAUGCUUUUUUUUCUACAGAUGAACUAGCACGACACGAUGGAACUGAUCCAACACUUCCAAUGUGGAUUUGUAUCAAUGGGAAAAUCUUAGAAUACAGUGGCCUACCACCUGCUGAUCAUCCUGAAUAUGAGGAACGACGACGAUUCUAUUCCUUUUUCCAGCCUCGCUGGGGUGGACGACAAGCAGACUACGGUUUUGCCAAAGGUCUCUAUGAACCACUGUAUAAAAUACCAUUGAAUGAGGAAGAUUUAAGUGAUGAACAUCGUGCCAUGAUCGAAGAUCUUUUCAUUACGAUGAUAAUAAAGAAUUCACAAAACAUAAACUAUUGGAAACUUAUCGGACGACUUCUUCGAUCGGACACCAAAUUAUCAACAUCCCAUGUUCAUCUCAAUUGA